AUGGAUUUUCUUAAAGAGACUCUUCUAGAGCCUCUCCGGCCCAGCUCAUGGCAGCCAGGCAACUACUCAUUCAUGUGAAUCUACCUAAUUAUUUUUGUGAUUACUUAUUAUUUUUACCACAAAAUUUCAAAUUAUAUUUACAUGAAAAAGACUUUUUCCACACAAAGAACUUCCUUAUAUGAAGACCGAAAAAAAUCUUCAUGGGAAAGAAGGGAAAAAGAGCUUGAAGAAUUGAGGAUAAGGCAGGAAGAAGAAAAAGAGAUGAACCAAGAAGAGGAAGAAGAGAAAAAACAAGAAGAAGAAAGGAAAGAAAGGGCGAGAAAAAGAGAUGCGUAUUUUAGGGAAACUAUGAAUGCCCCAACUAGGUAUAAACCAAAUAUGGAGGAAAGGUAUCCAAAUGUUUGUAAGCGAUCUAGAGGAUGACGCUAG